AAAAAGGGAACCUGUAUGCCACUGGGGGUAACAGUGAAGGACAACUGGGAUUAGGAGACACAGAAGAAAGAAGUGCAUUUCAUCUAGUUAGUUAUUUUACCAGUCAGCCCAAGAUCAAACAGUUGGCAGCUGGAUCCUACACAUCAGCAGCAUUAACUGAGGAUGGACAACUUUUUAUGUGGGGAGAUAAUUCUGAAGGCCAAAUAGGCUUGGGUAAUGAAGCUAAUGUAUGUGUUCCUCAUCAAGUGGAUGUUGGGAAACCUGUUUUCUGGAUCUCUUGUGGAUAUUACCAUUCUGCCUUAAUAACAUGUGAUGGAGAACUUUAUACUUUUGGGGAGUCUGACAAUGGGAAACUAGGUUUGUCACUUGCACAACUGAAAAACAAUAGAGUCCCACAGCUUGUUUCUGGAAUUCCAAGUAGAGUUAAUAAGGUUGCCUGUGGAGGAGGACAUACAGUAGCACUGGCUGGGGGAGAGGUCUAUACCUUUGGCCUAGGUCAAUAUGGGCAACUUGGACUUGGUACAUUUAUCUUUGAAACUUCUGAACCAAAGAUAGUAAAUCAUCUGGAAAAGCAUAAAAUCUGUAACAUUGCAAGUGGAGAAAACCACACAGCUUUAAUAACAGAGAAUGGUCUUAUGUAUACUUUUGGCGAUGGACGGCAUGGCAAAUUAGGACUUGGGAAAGAAAAUUACACAAAUCAGUUUGUACCUACAUUAUGUUCCAAUUUUUUGAGGUAUACUGUACAUUUGGCUGCUUGUGGUGGUUGUCAUAUGCUGGUUUUUGCCACCCCAAAGCCUAAGAAAUCUGAUAAUAUUCAUGAGCUAGAAGAAAAUGAGCAUAAUUUUUCUGUUAAAGUGUCCGAAAUGGGUGGAGAUGCAGACACCUUUCAGCAAACGUUUUCAGCACGUGUGCGACGGAGAGAGAAGAAGGAAAAAUCACCAGAACAAUGUGGUCGAUUGGUGCGAACGCUUCCUCCAUUGGGAAAAACAUCCCUAAAACCUGCAUCAGGUGUCAUCAGCAGUACUCUUCCACUUGGCAGAACUGAUAGAAAUAAAGAAUCUGAAUCCAUUAUGGAUCAUGAAACAGGAGAUAAGAAAGAGGAGAACAGUGAUACAGAGGACAGCUCAACAGAUAAUGAUUCAGAUGAUAAUGAAGAAAGAACCCUUGGUGAUACCACAGAUAUCCUAAAUAUGACCCAUGUGAUGAGACUAAAUCCCAAUGACCAACUGGCAGAAUUAGCACCAGUUCAAAAACAAAAGAAGAAAAAUAAGAAUAUGAAACUGAAAAUUGAUGGUAAGGGUGGGUUGAAAGAAUCUGAUCGUAUCCAGUUUCAAGAGAGCUUAGAAUCUGGCAGAUCAUCUUCUCUUUUAGAGUAUUUGGCUUCAAAAAGUUUUGAAAAGGAUUCUUGCACCAAAAAAAGUAGCUAUGAUGCUUUUGUGCAGAAAAUUAAGACUCGUAAAAAGUAUUCAGGGAAUAAAUCUGAACAGAUUUCUAUUAUUGCAUUGAAUUAUGAUACCCAAAAAACUGUAAAAGAAGAAUUUAAAGUGACAAAAAAGAAAAAUAUUGACAAACUAAAUUCUGGGCCAAGUCAGCAAGAAGUGCUAUGCAGCCAUUCUAGUAAUGAUCAGCUGGAAAAACGACAUGAAGAUUAUCAGAAAAAUAAAGUAAAAGCUAAACCUGAUCAAUAUAUGCAAGGUAACAACAAUAGUGAAAAACAAAAAGAAUAUAACCACAAAGAAAGAAUUACCAAAAAGAUAGUAAGAAUGCCAUCUUCCUUAAGUCAAGAAGCGAUGAAUAAGUCAGCAACAUAUGUUUUUGAGAUAAACCAGUUCAAUUUUGAAAAUGUGACAGCUACUGAAACAAGUAUAGAAGACAGAAAAAAUAAAUGGGAAAGCAAUCAAGUUGAUUAUAAAAAAAAGAGAAAUUUAAAUGUUAACAACAUGCAAAAUGAAAAGAAAAAUAUGGAUGAUACAUCGGAGAAGGGUACCCAGGAACAUGAAGAAAACCCAAAAAAGGAGCAAUGCAAUGAAGAAGAUGAAGUAAGUGUGGAAGAGGCUGAAAGAGUACAUGGCGCACAAGACAAAGAAAGUGACAGUGAAGAAAAAUCUGAAGAACAGGAAGUUGAAAAUGAAGCGGGUGAAGGCAUGGUGGAUUCUAUGAUAGACACCAAGAGUGAUGAAGGAGAAAGUGAAAAUGAUGAAUUACAAUCUGAAACAGAAAGUGAGCAGAAUCUGGAGGAAGAGAACUUUCAGAUAAGACAAAAGAAAGAUGACACAGAUAAUAAAGUGCAAGAGAUAGAGGAAAGGGACCUAUAUGAGCCAGAAAAGGGAAAAAAAACUAACAUCAGGAAUGCCCAAAUUAAGGGCAAAAUGAAAAAAAUGGAGAUGGAAAAAGAUAAUGAAGAAAUGGGAGGUGAGAAAGAAAACAGAAAAGAGGGAGAAGUAGAAAAGGACAACGAGGAAAAUUAUGAGGAAUGUGAAGAUGGAGAGGAAAGUGAGGAACCUGAAGAACAGGAUCAGGAAGAAACUGAAAGAGAGGAAGAAGGAAAAGAAAAGCAAGAGGGAGAAAUUGAAAGAGAAGUAGAUGAAGAAAGUGUGGGAUGUGAAGAAGAGAAAGAAGAUGAGGAAGAGGGAGAUCAUGAAGCGGUAGAAAAUGACCCAGAGAUUUAUGAAGGGGAAGAAGAACAAAGUGAGGAGGAGGAGGAGGAGGAGAAAGAAGAAGAGAAAGAGAUAGCAGAGGAGGAGGAGAAAGGUGAAGAAGAGGAGAAAGAAGAAGAGGAAAAGGAGGAAGAAGAGGAAGAGGAGGAGGAAAAAGAAGAGUUGGACGAAGAGGAAGAGGAGGAGGAGUUGGAGAAAGAAGAGGAAGAGGAGGAGUUGGACAAAGAAGAGGAGGAAGAGGAGGAGACAGAAGAGGAGGAGGAAGAGAAAGAAGAGGACGAAGAGAAAGAGGAGGAGGAACUGGAGGAGGAGGAGGAGAAGGAACUGGAGGAGGAGGAGGAGAAAGAGGAGGAAGAGGAAGAAGAGGAGGAGGACGAGAAAGAAAUUGUUGAGCGUAAAAAGGAAGAAAAAUUUCAACAGUCAUCUGAUGAGGAAGAUAGAAGUGAUAGUCAUAAUACCACAGAAGAACAAGAACAAAAAGAGGAACAUCAGCAAAAACAAUUUAAUACUGCUGAGAAUCCUAAAGAGGGAAAGAGCAGUAAAUAUUUUGAGAAUGAAGAAAAUAAUCAUAUGGCUGUAGAAACCAUAGAGAAAGAUAAAUCUAUUCCAGAUAGUAGCUCAGUUAAACAAGCAUGUGAGAAUGCUGAGAUUUAUACAGAGAAAAAUUCUUCACAAGCAACUACAGACAAUCAAGAUAGAACAUCUGGAAGACUACUAGAUAAGGCAAAAAGGUUUUCUUUUUUUAAAAGAAGGUCUAUGAAGCAGAAAAACGCACAUAGCUGUGAUGAAAGCAAACUGGAAAACCUACCUCAAAGUGAACAGGAUACAGGAAAUCAAGCCAAUGUAUCUGCUGAAACAAGUAAAGAUGAAAACCAGAACCAUACUGGGAAAAAUCAAAGGGGAUCACCAUCAAUAUAUCAGAACAGAAAGUCCUCCUCUACAUGUAUAAUUCUUUAG